UCCGAACUGGGUCAGUUUCACCGAUCGAUAGUCUUGCAGCCCAAAUCUCACCCGAACAAAACCUGAUCGUACGCUGUUAGUCAUUAAUAAGUCGUUUGGUGGAUGGUAUGCUCUUUUGGUGCUGCUGAUAGCACACCGUGAGCUUGAGAUCGCAGCAGCGGGUGGUUUCGAGAGCACAAUUCAGUAUGGCGUCUUCAAUAGGUGAUAAAGCGAGAGUAAUUGGAAUUGCUAGAUGGACAAGUCUAACACUAACUAUAUUUUACAGGCAACUCAAUGAAUUGGUCUACCUGUCGGAAAAUGACACCGAUUUCGCUGAAAAUGGAUGCAAUCCGGAUGAUCAGUUUGCAAUUGUGCUUCAUGGAUGGCGUGAUGGACCGACUAAGGACUGGGUCAUCGAUCUGCUUUCGAAUUUGACAAGCUAUCGCGAUGGAUGCAACAUGUUCAUGAGCUAUGGUAACAACAGUCGCGUGAUGAAUUAUUUCCAAGAUCUGUACCCGAACUUUGACCUACUGGUGAAUUCUCUGACCCGGCAUUUACGGCGGUUAGAAGCGGUUGGCUUCGAUCCGAGUCGUGGUUUCAUGUUUGGAUUCAGUUUUGGAGCUAAUUUGGCUUUGGAAGCCGGUCGACGCUUUGGACUACAGAGGAUCGGACGCAUCGAUGUGUGUGAGCUAACGGGUGUGCGCUUUGACAACGAUAAGAGUUACUUCCUGCUAGAUCCCAAGCAGGCAGCCAAGAGUGUACAAUGUAUCCAUACCAGUGAAAUAUUCGGUACAGCACGUCGCGAUUGUCACGUUAGUUGGAGCCUGGGACGUUGCGGGCGAGAUCAGCCAGCAGCUGGACCGUUUCCAAAAGGAUCGCACGGGCUGUGUCCGUACUUUUACAACAGUGCAUUCUCUCAUAGCUUCUACGCCCAACCGAAGCCGAUGAAUUGCAAUUCAAAUCGAUACGCUUCCACCUGGCCACCAGGAUUCAAAAUGGGAUAUUUUUGCGACAUGGAGAGGUCUGUCGGGGUACUGUACGGAGAGCAAUUUGCGUCGACUACGAAGAAGUUUCCCUACACGGAUGAGAAAAUGCGGCAAGUGGUACCGAGAAGUUGA